AUGGUGCUACCGCUUUGUCGGUGCCGGGUGCUGUACAUAGGUUCUUCUGUACCAACAAUCACCAAGGACGGUCUACAAGGUAUACAACAGCCGCUUCGUGAACGUUAUCCAGUUGAGGACACCCCGGAAACUCGCGGUAUUGACUCAUGUGUUGCGUUCGUGAUCGUGAUCAAUGUUAUCGGUAUGGUCGAACGGCAUUCUACUGGAAUAUAUCGAAGGGGACAAAAAAAGCGAGACGGCUUUUUUUCCCAUAAAUACAUUGCACUAUUGCGCCCAACACCAAUGGUGAUUUCAGGUGGUGGUGAGCGAUUUUUGCCGCUUGAUUCACCAUUCGCCAACAUUCCCGACUCACCACAUCCACCGAUAUUCGCCGCCAUCAUGAGACGAACCACAGGAAUAAAGGUGCUGGAAUGUCACGGUUUCAUUUGUACGAACAAUAAAGCAGCGAACGCUCUUGUUCGUUGCUGUUUCCACGCUUAUGCAGAUUCGAUUUAUCUAAAAAUGGAUGAAAAAAUGCCUGGAUUGAAGGCCAUUAAGGAAGGAUCAACUGGUGAACGAUCGCCAACUAGUCCACAAAGUGAAGCUAAUCAUUCGGAUAGUGGAGAAGAUCAUAUCGAUCGUGCUCCGAAGGGAUGGGAACGACGUCAACAAGAUGGCGAAUACGACAGUGUGAGCAUCAGCAGCAGUUUAGUUCGUGGUGGAAAACGAGCAGCCAGCGAGACAGGAGUAAUUCGCUCAGCUCUCGUUCCUUUCUCGGAGCAACCUCGACGUGCAGGUUCUGAAGCCGACUUAUCCUAUUCCGAUAAUCAUCCUCGAGGACACUUUUUUGGAAUGAUGCCACCUCCACAUCUUGGUCCGUAUAUGCGUGCUUCAUUUAUGCCAAUGCCACCGCCACAUCCAAUGAUGCCAUAUCCACCUCCUCCACACCCACACUUUUUUCGGGGACCAUAUCCUCCACCUCCGCCUCCACCUCAAAUGAUGCCACCACCGAUGAGGUUACCACCAGGAGUUAGAAUGCCACCACCACCUCCGCACAUGUUUCCACACAUGAUGCCACCGCCAAUGUUUGCCCCUAGAGGCUUUUUCAUGCCUCCGCCACCACCUCAUUUCAUGGGAUCACCUUUCCGUCCGUCAAGUCCCGGCGAAGGACCAAUUGUCACCAGUCCGGAGUCCAUCUAUGGCACGAUUCCUAGACGAGCGGCUUACGAAGAACCGGUCUACAUGCCAGGAUCCCAUAUGGGACCCCCGGAAGCUUCGUAUCAACCAGCAAAUUACACAAGCGAUCACUAUGAGUCUUAUUACGACACCUGCAGAAGGAAGACAAAGAAGGAUGGAAGCAGUUUAAAUUCCGCACGACAAGAGAAUUCAUCAGUAUGGGAGCAGUACGAGGCUGGAAUCUACAGGAAGCCCCAUAUGAAUGAAAAAGCGUUCGGGGGAACAUUAAAGGCAAGUGCGGCAAAGGAGACGAAUAACACGACACUCAACAGAAACGGUAGUCCAGAAAUUGUGACCCAAACAGUGGAGGCAAAUGUUUCUCGACCGGACACACCGCCAGUAGACUAUGAUGCGUGCGAUAAUUUGAAGAUAAAACACGAAGGAAACGGACGAACGACAGUCUAUUAA